GCCGUCAGUAAGCACGUUUCUACUAUUUUUAGUACAAAUACAUCAAAAACUAAACUGAAAAGUCAAAGUUAAUCGUUUGGUUUUUACUCAUUAUGGCAAGCAAGAAAUUAAAAACAAAACACACUUGAAUAAACAAGCGGCACAAAAAAAUCACGAAAAUUACUGGCAAUAAAGAAUACUUUACGUUUAAAAAGCGCGCGCAUUUUUUUUAAAGCAACAAAUUCUCACAUUUUUAGCACGCGAAAAAUAAAUCAUUUAAGUAUGAUUCAAACUCUCCGAUUUUAAUCAUGUAAAAAAACCAUACCUAGUGUACCUAAACAACUUUUUUCCAAAACAUCUUUUAUGUAAACACAUGAAAUGGAAGUGGAUCGUAUUCUGUACAUUUUCGGCAGUUUUACUCGGAAGAAGGACAAGCGGAAAUCGUUGGAGCAGUCUUCGAUCAGCGCUGGCAACAGUCCGUUGCGACGGCCCAACAGUAUCCCUCCGAGGACGUCGGCUUACGAGGAUGUUAAAGAAGACAGAAAGAGACACGAAGUGAAGCAAUGGAACUGCGGUCUAUGCCGCAAAGAACUAGCAGAGCCACGACUCCUAGCCUGUCUUCAUAGCUUCUGCACGAGAUGUUUACAAGGACUACCACAGGAGGGGGAGGCGGAAUGCUGGAGCGAGAUCGAUGGAGGUUCAAUCCAGCAGGACGCCGGCUCCGGGGGCUCCGCGGGGUCUGGGUAUGAAAGCGACCCGCGACGUUCAGGGUCCGAUACCAGUUGGGACCAGAAGCAGAGAAAAUACGGGAUAUUCACUAGAAAGAUAUCAGGCAAGAGUGUCCAGCUCAUAAUCUGCCCAACAUGCGCACAAGAGACACAGCUCCCACUAGGAGGGGUGUCGGCGUUGCCCCUAAACUAUGUGCUGCUACGGAAGAUGGCAGGAGAGAGUCGAGCUAGCGUGCUGUGUGACCUGUGCAACUGUGACAAUAAGGCCCAAAGCCGCUGCGACCAAUGCCUCGUCAGCGUCUGCGAGUCCUGUGGCGAAGCCCACAGCCGUCAGAAGACCACGGCCCGACACUCCCUACAGCCCCUACAGGCCCCCGCUACGCUGUGCAGCCAGCAUCGUGCAGAACUCUGCGUGUACUGUGCUACUUGCCAGCAGGUAGUUUGCCGCGAUUGCUGCCUGAUCUCCCACUCCGGGCACGCCCUAGCCAACGCGGCGCGAGCGGCAGCAGAACGCGCGCGACUUCUACAAGACGCUUGCGAUCGCGCCAGGCUCGUGCCUGAGAACGUGGACCGAGCGACUAGGGUGCUGAGUCUCCAGGCUCAACAAGUUGAUCUGCUGUCAUCCGGCCGUUCACACGAGCUGCUUUCUCUACACGGCUCAGUGCUGCGACGGCUAGAACGUCUGACUGAGCUGCCGUCGACACCACCCCGGCUGGAACUGCGUCUGGCCCCGACUGCACCCGCCACGCACGACGCUACCCUCGUCGGUAGAUUACUGACACAGGCCGCAGAUCCUGACCGCUGCGUUGUCAAUACUGAAGGUUUCCAAGAUCUCAGAGUCGAUUGUCCUCACGAGGCUGUAUUAGAGCUAAGAGAUAGCAGCGGGGAACGUAUCUGGUGUGGGGGAGAACAGGUAGCAGGCUACUUCCGGCGUAGUGACUCAAGCGCACGGCCGCAAAGUGCACGUGUCUCUGACAGGGGCGACGGUGUCUAUUCCCUCACAGUCACUCCUCCCAGCCCUGGCGCCUAUCUUCUAGCUGUCACGGUCAACAAUAAACCUGUUAAGGGUAGUCCGUUCCAAUGUGCGGCGCGAGCAUGCCAGCCACAUUCAGGGCAGUUCCACUGCUGCUCCUUCUGCUCUUCCGGCGGGCGACGGGAUGCCCACUGCGCCUGCCCUGGACACAUGCCUGGCUACAGAGGCUGCGGGCACGGGCACGCGGGGCAUCCGGGCGCGCGGCACUGGUCGUGCUGCGGCAGUACGGCGCGCCGCGGCCCGUGUGAGCGCGCCAGUCUCUACCAGUUCUCUGUAUAAAUAUAUCGUAUUACCUAUUAUUA